AUGUCCAAGCUGCUACCUCCUAACCCGCCCACGGUGCAGGGCAAGCCGCUCUUCAUCGCACCGAACGGACCCAAGCCCGUGCGGAGGGUCAUGAUCGCCAAUCGCGGCGAGAUUGCGCUGCGCAUCGUGCGAACCUGCCAACAGAUGAACGUCGAGACCGUCGUAGUAUACACCGAGGUCGACGCCGCUGCCGAGUUCGUAGCACACGCCACCAUCGCGGUCAACGUAGGCCCCAUGGCCACGGACAACAACCCCUACCUCAACAUCAAGAAGCUCAUCGACGUAGCACUCACACACGGGUGCGAUGCGCUCCACCCGGGCUACGGCUAUCUUUCUGAGAACGCAGAGUUUGCCGAUGCGGUAGCAGCUACAGGACGCAUCACCUUCCUCGGUCCGCGCGGCGACGUGAUGCGAUCGAUCGGCGAGAAGAGCCGCUCGAAGCGUCUGCUGCACGAAAAACUCGGCGACGAGGCGCACCUCGUGCCGGGCUACCACGGCGCCGAAGAGAUUGACCUCGACACGGCAAGCAAGAUCGGCUACCCACUCAUGAUCAAGGCUUCGUCUGGAGGCGGUGGUCGUGGAAUGCGCAUCGUGCGAGAGCCGGGCCAGCUGAGCUCCGAGAUUGCCCGCGCGCGUUCCGAGGCGCUGCGCAACUUUGGCUCGUCUGAGCUGCUCUUCGAACGCUACAUCGAGGGCGGCAAGCACAUCGAGGUGCAGAUCUUUGGCGACAAUCACGGCAACGUCUACGCGCUCGGCGAACGCGACUGUUCCGUCCAGCGUCGUCAUCAGAAAAUCAUCGAAGAGUCGCCUUCGGUCGAUUGCGAGGCAGAUCCAGAGCUGCGCAAACGCAUCCACCGGUCGGCCAUCACCAUCGGCUCGCUGCUCUCGUACCAAGGUGCGGGCACGGUCGAGUAUAUCUUUGACACCAAAACAAAAGAGUUCUUCUUCCUCGAGGUCAACACGCGCCUGCAAGUCGAGCAUCCCGUCACCGAGAUGUGCAGCGGGCUCGACCUAGUCAGUCUGGGCAUCUAUGUUGGCGCUGACGGUGAUCUCUCCAAGCUCGAGCCGGUGGCUAAGCUGCGGCCUUUUGGACACUCAAUCGAGUGUCGUGUUUGCGCAGAGGAGCCUGGUGCAGACUUUACACCGCGAACAGGCGUGGUGAGGAUGCUCGAGGUGCUCUGUCUGGGCCAGCCCGGUGUCCGUUUCGACACAAGUAUCCGGGUCGGCACCACCGUGUCGAUCUUCUUCGAUGCGAUGCUUGGUAAGCUGAUCGUGCACGCCGCCACACGCCCCGCCGCGAUCGAAAAGAUGCUCCAGGUGCUGCAGACCUCUGUGCUAAUCGGACUGCCGACCAACACGACCUUCAUGAGCUCGUGCCUGCGCCACCCGGCCUUUAUCGACGGGAGUUACAACACAUCGCUCAUUCCCAACAACCUCGACUGGCUGCUCAACCUGCCCGUUCAGCUCGCCCCCUCGGCGCUCUCGACGGGUCCCAAGCAGACUGACCUGCCCCUCGCCUCGAUCGUCCCCACGUUCCACCUGUUCAAAGAGCUGCGAAGCAAGCUGUACCCAGCGCGCAGCGGGCUGCCUUCCAAUUUCGGGCUGGUCAACGGUUGCGACCGCAGCGUGUCCAAGACAGAGAACUUUGUCGUCUCGCUGCCGGACGGCGGACAGCAGUGGGACGUAAUGGUCGAGUACGACGGCGACAACGGCGACUACGAGCUCAAGCUGUGGACCAACCAGUCGAGCCAGGCAGCGCAGGCGGCCGAGGAGCGCAUCAAGGACAAGCUCGGCAGCAAGGCCAAGCCCAAAACGCUCGCAGCACAGCUCAAGGCCGCGCGGGCCUCGACCAAGUUCUACGGCUCCCUGCCCACGCGCAACGGGCUCGAGGGUCGCACCCAGGGCGAGUGGCAGCUCGGAGUGCAGCACAGCGACGUCCACCACGUCCGUUCCACGCUGCUCACCUCGUCGCAGGUGCACCUCUCUUCGCUACCCGCCACCACUCGAGCCACCUUAGCGACGGGACGUGCGCGCUGGGCAACAGCCACCCUGGCCCUCGAGAUCGACGGGAUCACCUCCACCCACGUCCUCGCGACCGACCAUUCGUUCCAGGACCACGAGAACAGCGCACAGACCGCCUGGGUCUGGUCGUCCCCGCUGUCCGGACCUAUCAAGGUGGUGCGACAUGGCAUGCGGACCUAUGCGAUGGCCAACCAGUCGUCGGACGCUUCGGCCGCAAGCAAGUCGGCCUACGUCACCCCAAUGCCUGCCAAGAUCCUCAAGAUCUUGGUCCAAGACAAGGCCAACGUCGAGGCAGGACAAGCUCUGCUGAUCUGCGAGUCGAUGAAGAUCGAGACGACAAUCCGAGCCCAGGUGGCCGGACAGCUGCAACUGCACGUCCAGAACGGCGAGACUGUACCGGAAGGCAAACUGCUUUGUCAGGUAGGAGCCGAGCAGCAGCAGCAGCAGCAGCAGCAGCAGCAGCAGUAG